GUUGCGCCUCUUCACUUUUGCAUCAUCUAUGGCCAACUCUGCUAUUGCGCUUACUUCCGUUCUGAGUCCCUCGCAGUCUCUCCUGUGCGGAUCGCCUACAGAAUGACUUGCAAACGCAGAAAUGGUGGACGCGCUAAGCACGGACGUGGCCACGUCAACGCGGUGCGUUGCACCAAUUGUGCCCGCUGCGUCCCUAAGGACAAGGCCAUUAAGAAAUUUGUGAUCCGUAAUAUCGUGGAAGCUGCUGCCGUACGAGAUAUCACGGAGGCCAGUUACUACCAGUCGUAUCAGCUGCCCAAGUUGUACGCCAAGUUGCACUACUGCGUCUCCUGCGCCAUUCACUCCAAGGUAGUGCGCAACAGGUCCAAGGCUGAUCGUCGUAUCAGAACACCUCCUGUCCGCAACUUCCCGAGGGAUCUGCGCCAGGGUCAGCAGAACAGGAAAUAAUUUUACUAUGUCAAAUUAAUUUCGAUUUAAAUAAAGUAAAAUACAUAAAAUUAA